AUGUCUGGUCCGGCCCUCCUACCGCUGGAAAUCCUCGAGGCGUGCAUCAGUGCCUCCAAUACAACCACAUGGCUAUCCCUCGCUAGCGUCUCUAAAAUCUUUCAUUCUUUAACAAUUCGCUCUUUAUACCGCGACAUCUCUCUGGGCUCCCCUUCAUCAGUCAUCGCAUGCUGCCGCACAUUAUCAUCCAAUUCUACCGCCUCCUCGUCUGUUAGAACGCUUUUAAUUAAUCAUUUACCGAACAAACCGGUUAAAUCAAAUCAAAAUUACUUUUCGUCAUAUCACGUUUCAUUACGGGAGGCCUUACAAUCUUUGAUUGAGAUUCGAACUCUCAGAUUACUGGUUGAAGAUCCCUCUUUAAUUUUCGUUUUCAAGGAUUCUGUUCUGCCUCGAUUGCAACACUUCGCAUGUCGCUUAAUUCUUUCAUCACCCCUCGUUUCCUUUUUGAAUCGUCAUCCAACGGUGAACUAUCUCGAAGUUUCCCCCCAUGAGGACAUUAUUUCUUCUGUUAAACCAAUCCUUCCCCCUCUCUAUCUUCCCGAACUUGAGUAUUUCGCAGGAAACGGCGAAUAUCUCAGUGCGAUGAGCCCCGCUAUUUCCCUUCGUGCGGCAUUUCUUUCUUGGGGCGCGGUGGAUAGCUCUCCCGAAGCAGCAAUCGCAGUUCUUGAACGCCAUAGCGGCGACAGCUUGAAUGUAAUUACUUGUCGACGGCGGGGAUGGAAUCUCGACCUCAUUGACAUGAUCUCUACACGGCUGCCGUAUAUCUACUCCCUCCACAUCGCCAAUAUUGUCGUCGUCGAUUCCUAUCCCACCGAGGCCUAUCUUGAAGCAAUUUGGACAUAUCUCAAACGAUUUGAGAAUUUACAACGCCUCGUUUUGAAUUGCGUGGACGUUUAUGGGAUAGCUAACCUCGCGUGUCGCAUGGACGUCGACUUCUCAAUAAUCACCUCUUGGGGUGAAGCUUGCCCUUCCCUUACGGAGAUAUCACUUCCGCAUUCGGGCAGACUCUCUUGGCACAGAAUUACCGAAAAUUUCUGGAUACCUGACAUCGAGAACGUAAACGGCUCAACCUGGCUUUAUACCGCAAUUUUGUCGGACAAAUACCCGGGAUGGCAUUCGCUAGUCAAUAAGGCUGAGAAAAGAAUUCGCGAGAACGUUUCGAAUCCGAUUGAUUUCGAUAGGUUAACCACCGUACUUCAUCUCAUGGAGAGACGUGGCCGAUGUGACUUUGUGGUCGGGGUCAAGAUCGAGGAGGCGAAGGAAGAGGUAGAAGAAAAAAACACUUGA